AUGCUUGAUUUACACAAAGAAAUGACAAUAGAAAGAGGAACAACAGAAAUGGCGCAUUUACCGUUUCCAUCAGCAGAAAGAGAGAUUAUUUCACCCACAAGUGAUUCAUGUUCUUGGAUACUGAGUUCGCUAUGGGAGGAUGCUGCCGGCGGAGAGAUGGUGGAUAGGAUUGAGUACAAUGUGGAACACGCGAAGGAGUUUGUGGAUCGAGCAGUAGCCGAUACGAAAAAAGCCGUUCAAUAUCAGAGCAAGGCUCGAAGGGGUUUUGAUUUAAGUCCAUUUCCGAUUGCUGUG